CUUGACGUUCUUCAUUGAAUUCUGAUUGAUGUGAAAAUUGUCGCACUGUUGUCAAACGUGAAUAUAGACAUGAACAGGAGAAAAUCAGGGACGGGUAGAGCGCUGCCAUCUAGCAGAACUCGAACUGGAGCACGGAUAUCGCCACUGGCAGUUCUCUCGACGACAGUAAUCACGCGUGUUUCCGCUUUGUCAGCCGAAGGAAACUUCUGGUAUCGGCAUCAAGAGGAGGUAAAAUGCCACCACCAGGAAGACGGCUACGAUAUCGAGUACCGCUCACCAGAAGCCAAAGCCUGCUACGCGGUGUUUUGCGUUGUGCUAUUUUUGCUCCUUCUUGUAAGGAGGAGGAAAAGAGACGACGGUAGUACGACAACUAAGCACGGUACGAGGGGUCUGGUGGAGAGCCGAGUGGAAGAUGUCGAGACACGAGAGAAGACAAGUGCCGCGUCCUCUAGUGGGACAGAGGUCAACGUGCAGAGCAGGCAGAUGUGCUCUUCGGUCGGCCCCGACCAGCUGGCAAGCGGACAUCCAGUGGAAAAAUGCAGGCGGAAUUCGCCAGAGGUUGAGAAGUCUGCAUCAUCUCAACGCCUCUACCAUUUGGACUACGGCAGGAUCCUUGCGGUAGCAUGCGUUGUGACUGAACAUUGCGGCAGCCACGAAUACUCCUUGCGGAAUGUAGGCUUCGUACUGCACUGGGUGUUGCCGUUUCUGUAUGCCAUCUCCGGAUACUGCUACGCACUCUCCAAAGCUCCGCUACUAUCGUACUUAGGUCGUUUGCUGGCGCUGUUUUGCGUUGGCACCGGGCUCAAUUGGGGCGCAGAUGAGUUUUCGCGGAGUUACUUGCUCGAGCGACCGCCGCUAGAACCGACGUCAUGGAAGGACACUGUUUUCCAGAUGGCCUUCGUGCUCAUGCUCGCCGGCAUGGCGCUGUUCGAGUAUCCCCUAAGAUGGCAACUCGAGGCAGCAGAUAGAAAACGGGCCAGGCAGAUACUAAGCGAUGCAAACAACAGAAGCACCGAAGGCAGGAUCAUGGGAAGUCGCUCGCUGUCAAGCUCCAGUAGUAGCACUGAGGUCAAGCUUCUAGAUAAAAGCGGGCUGAGAAUAAGCGAGACAUCACAUCGGACUGGAUCCUGCAUCAACGCUAUAGGCGGCAAUACAUUCUCUGAGUCUGUCGGGAAUGAUGUGCGGGCGUCGCCAGGAUGUGCCGGUGUAUCGCGUGCUCGGACAGUCUUCGGGCGCAGUACGCGGCCAAACUACAGAAAACUCAUCGAGGACGGG